AUGAAGAAAAAUAUAAAUGUUUUUCUCCAGUGUUGCAAAGUGGGAAAAGCGAAGAUCAAGAAGAAGAAGAAGAAUAUGUUAUGUUAUGCUACGAAGAGGAGGAGUAACAUGAGAGGAAAGUUUGACAGCACAGAUAGUGAAGGGGGAGAAGAGAUUUUUGCAGGACUUCUUAAAACAGCUAAAGUGCUUCGGUUUCAAAAGUUUCAAGCGAAUGGAGGGAAGAUGAAAUUCAAAAUAAAAAAGAAAGGAUGGAAUCCUCCGAAAAA